CUAUUUGCGUCCCACUCUUUAGAGCCGCGUGUAUCUGCACAGUGGAGUGGCAGUGAGUGGCAGUACCUGCUACAAACGAGGAGCGGCCAUGGCUCCAGGUAUCUCGGCCCCGUGGCCGACGGUACGGCAGUGGUCGUGGUGGAUAACACUUCUGAUCGUCUCCUUAACGGCGAUCGACGGUGUGACCACUGCGAGGAAACCAGAGACUGCUGGAGGAGGUUCAGCGGCGAAAGUGAAGGACGAAUCCAUAAUUGAAGAGGUGACCGCCAAACAGUUGGAACGAGUGUUAAACGAAAAGGAUUUUGUGGCAGUGUUCUGGUAUGCAAGAAGUUGUCUGACGUGCGACAAGGUCCUUGCUGAGCUCGAGAAAAUUGAUGACGACACAGACACUUUUGGGGUGGAUUUCGUCAAAAUCAACGACAAGCGACUUGCCAAGCAAUAUGGCAUCAAGAACUUCCCUGCCCUCACGUACUUCCGGGAGAAAGAACCGAUUAUCUACGAAGGAGAUCUUAUGGAUGAAGAAAACGUACUUGAUUUCCUCACGAGUCUUGAAGCGAUGGAUCUCCCAGACAGGAUCGAGGAAGUUAAUGCCAGGAUCCUGUCAAAAAUUGUUGAGGAUACUGACUAUGUAGCAGUUCUUUUCUGUCCAGAUUCGAAGACUUGUCCACCAAAUGGUUCGAAUAAACCUGAAUGCAAGAGAUGCAUAAAGGCAUUACAAGAGUUGGAGAACAUCGAUGACGAAGCAGAUCAGCUUGGGAUUGGCUUUGUUAAGAUUGCUGACGAAGCCCUAGCGGAAGAGUACAACUUGCAGCAACUUCCGGCGUUGGUGUAUUAUCGUCAUAAAAUACCCAUCAUUUAUACAAGUGAACUGACGCGAGAGGAAGAUGUGCUGGAAUGGCUGGUGCAGAAUAAGUCAACAGGAGAUGAAGAAGAUGUUAUUGAAGAUGUCACUGCGAAAGCAUUAGACACACUCAUAAGUUCUGUCGACAACCUGGUAGUUCUCUUUUAUGAUAAUGACGAUGAAGACUCAAUGCAGGUGCUUGGUGAGUUGGAGACAAUUGAUGAUGACUGUGACAAACAUGGAAUCCAAUUUGUUAAGAUAGAUGAUGACUCAGCUGCUAAGGAAUUUGGCAUCGAUGAUGUGCCAGCACUGGUAUACUUCGAGAAAGGAAUUCCAAAUGUUUAUGAUGGUGACCUUGAGAAUGAGGACGAAAUCCUGGAGUGGUUAGUGGAUCAACUGGAGAAGGAUGAGAUAGAAGAUGUCACAGAUGAAAUGCUGGACAGGCUAAUCAAGGAAGGCAAAACCAUUGCAGUGUUAUUCUAUGACAAUAAUGAGCGUAAGUCACAACAUGUGUUGAAUGAAUUGGAGAAUAUAGAUGAUGAAUGUGAUACACUUGGGAUUGUAUUUGUGAAGAUUGACAACAGAGAUGAAGCAAAAGAGUAUGGUAUCGAGAAACUGCCUACCCUCAUGUACUUUGAAAAAGGAAUACCAACAAUAUAUGAAGGAAAUUUGGAGGAUGAAGAAAAGGUAUUGGUAUGGUUGGAACAUCAGGUAAAGAGUGAUGAAAUAGAAGAUAUAACAGAUGAAAUGUUGGAUAUGCUCAUUGAAAAAAUGCCACAUGUUGCUGUACUUUUCUAUGACAAAGACCAAAAGAAGAGCCAGAAAGUCUUAGUUGAACUCGAGAAUAUAGAUGACGAAUGUGAUUCAAAUGGAAUAGCAUUUGUAAAGAUCGAUAAUGACGAAGAAGCAAAAGAAUAUGGCAUUGAUAUUGUUCCCACAUUGGUUUUUUUUGAGAAGAGGAUACCACAUGUGUAUGAAGGUGACUUGCUUCGGGAAGAAGAACUUCUGGGGUGGCUUGUACAUCAGAAGAAGCAUAGUGAGAUUCCAGAAGUUACGGAUGAGAUGAUGGAUCGUCUGAAAGAAAAAAUUGAGUUUCUUGCUGUGCUCUUUUAUGAUAAAGACAGUAAGCAGGAUAUUAGAAUAUUAAAUGAAAUUGAAAAUAUUGAUGAUGAUCUGGAGAAGGAAGGAAUAGUUAUAGUUCGCAUUGACAAUGACGCUGAGGCUAAGGAGUACGGUAUUGAUCACCUCCCGGCACUCAUCUAUUUUGAAGAUAAACUGCCAGCAAUAUAUGAAGGUGACCUACUCAAUGAAGAUGAGGUUUUGAAUUGGUUGAUAGAACAGAAAAAUUCUGCAACAAUUGAAGAGGUGACAGACGAGAUUCUAGAAGAUCUUAUUGAGGAAUAUGAAUAUGUGGUUGUCUACUUUAGUGGACGCUGUGAAGAAGAUGAAUUAUGUGAUAAUAUUCUGGAAGAACUGGAAAACAUAGAUGAUGAAUUGGAUGAAGCUGGAAUAAUUUUUGUCACAACGGAGGAUAUUAAUUUGGCAAAGAAACAUGGCAUAAAAACGUUCCCUUCCUUGGCAUUCUUCCGCAACAAGGAAAUACUUCUUUAUGAAGGUGAUAUUGAAGAUGAAGAUGAAGUUUUAGCGUGGCUGACUGAUGAAGAUACACUUGAGAUUCCAGGUCGGAUUGAAGAAGUGAAUGUUCGUAUGCUAGAGAGAAUAUUUGAAGAAAAUGCUCAUGUAGUUGUCUUUUUCUAUGAAGAAGGUGACAAGAAAAGCCAGAAGAUCAUUAGUGAAUUAGAAAAUAUCGAUGAUGAAUGUGAAGAAAAAGACAUAAGUUUUGUGAAAACAUCGGAUGAGGGGAUUGAAAAGGAAUAUGACCUCCCAUCACUACCAGCACUUGUUUUUUACAGGAACAAAUUCCGACAGAUUUAUACAGGGGACCUAAUGCACGAAGAGCCCAUUCUGGAAUGGGUGUUAAAACUACAUGAAUCGACACCAGAUGUCAUAGAGAGUGUAGAUAGAAAAACAUUACAAGUUCUUAUAUCCAGUGUCGAGCAUCUGGCAGUCUUUUUCUAUGACGACAAAUGUGAAUCCUGCCCUGCUAUACUUGAAGACCUGGAAACAAUUGAUGAUGACACUGAUAAGCACGGAAUUCAAUUUGUGAAGUCUAAAGAUUCAAAAUUAGCGUCAGAGAUAGGAAUCUUCAGCUUCCCAGCAUUAGUAUAUUAUGAGACUGGAGUUCCUAUCAUGUACAAUGGUAAUCUUAGGAAUGAAGGAAAAGUUCUGGAGUGGCUAAUUCAGCAAAGUGAAGAUGAUGAUGAAGAUGAUGAGGAUGAUGAUGAUGAUGAUGAUGAUUACUUUAAUGAGGAUGAUGAUGAUGACGAUGAUGAUGAGGAUGUCAAUGAUAGUCAUGAUAUUAUUAUUCCAGGCAAAGGCUGUUUCUACGUUGGACUCGGAGGAAAAAAUGCAGUCCCUAAUCCUUCCUAUGAGCACUAUCAGUGCUGUCCGAGCAAGGACACACGAGGCUCCAAGGUAGCUAAGGCCAAUCCCACCACUGCUUCUGCCAGAAAGCCUGCUACUUCUACUGGCAAGCCAGACAAACCCUCAGUUAAAACAACAGGCAAAGAAUCGAGUUCUCAAGACAACAAAUCUACUUCAAAAGAAAAAGGCAAAGGUGCAUCUUCUGCCAAAGAAAAGCCAGAGAAGACCAAGAAAGGAAAGAAAAGUUUUUUUGGGAGUGGUGAUAUCGAUGACGAAGAAGAGAUCUUAGACUGGUUAACAGAUCCUGAGAACAUGGAACUAACAGAUCACAUUGAACGAGUCAACAGGAAAAUGUUUCAAAAAAUCCGACAAACAUCUGAUUACAUAGCUGUAUUUUUCUACAGUGACGACUGCAAACAGUGUGGCCGAGUGUUGGCUGAGAUAGAACACAUAGAUGAUGAAGCAGAUGGAGCCGGAAUUGACUUUGUUAAAAUUGAUGACAAGCAGAUGGCUAAAGAACUGGGGGUGUUUGCCCUGCCUGCUGUUGUAUUCUUCAAAAUGGGAUCCAAGGAGCCAGUUAUUUAUGCAGGAGAUCUGUACAAUGAGGAGCAACUUCUUAGUUGGCUUUUGACACAGAAGGAUCCUUCAGGUGAAGUCAUUGAAGCUCUAGAAGGUGACGAGCUGCGAAAACUUAUUGCCAGUGAUAAUUCAGUGGCCGUAUACUUUUGGAACAAGACUUUCUGUGAUCUUUGCAAUUCCAAGCAAUUUCGCAAACAACAGCAGAAAAAGAAAGACAGAGAGGGAGAACUUCAACAUGAACUUCACAGGGGUGCUGAGGGGGAGGAAGGCAACCACACUACUGGCAUCGAAGGGAAUGUAGAUGAUUCUGUUGAUGAAUGUGACCAGUGCCAAGCUAUCUUAGAAGAACUAGAAAAUAUUGAUGAUGAUUGUGAUCGACACGGAAUAGUAUUUGUCAAAACACAGGACUUCCAGGUUGCUGAAGAGUUUGGCGUAUCAGAGUUCCCAAGUCUUGUGUAUUUUGAAGAUGAAGUGCCAAAUGUUUUUGAAGGUGAUCUCUCUGAGGAAGAGGAAGUUCUCCAGUGGCUCAUCACUCAGAGGACUGAAGAUCGCAUUGAACUAAUCACACGGGUUAUGCUGGAAGGACUAGUGGAGGAGACACAGUACUUGGCUGUUUACUUUUAUAAAUUAAAUUGCCACAUCUGUGAUGAGAUCUUGGAUGAUCUGGAAAAUAUAGAUGAUGAAUGUGAUGUGUAUGGUAUUCAUAUGGUCAAGAUCCAAGACCCGCAACUGGCUAAGAGAUAUUCAAUUAAAACUUUUCCUGCAUUGGUUUAUUUCCGAAAUGGGAAUCCUCUGCUGUUUGAAGGUGAUCUGCAGAAUGAGCAGUCGGUUCUUGAAUGGUUGAUAGAUGAUGACAAUCGAGAAUUGGCUGAUGAAAUAGAAGCUGUUAAUGACCGUAUGCUAGAAAGACUAUUGGAGGAGUCACCGCUCCUUGCUGUGUUUUUCUAUGACGAAGAUUGUCCUGAAUGUGAUGAAAUUCUUGAACAUUUGGAGCAGAUUGACGGAGAUGCAGACAUGUACGGUGUUGAUAUGGUCAAAAUUAACCAUCCUGAGGCAGCAGGGAAAUUUAAUAUUAUUAAUUUCCCAUCAUUAGUUUAUUUUCGUAAGAAAGUGCCUCUCUUAUAUGAUGGAGAUCUUCACGAUGAAGAAAAAGUUUUGGCAUGGCUAACAUCUCAAGAUAUAUUUGAAAUAAAAAAUGAAAUUGAAGAGGUAAACCGCAAAAUGUUGGAUAAAUUACUGGAAGAAAAUGAGUUUCUGGCAGUAUAUUUUUAUGAACGUGAUUCAGAAGAAAGUGACGUUGUGUUAGAAAAACUUGAGAACAUUGACGGUGAAACAGACAAUCUAGACAUCCCAUUUGUGAAGAUGGGAGACCCACGCUAUGCAAGGAAAUGGGGCGUCACUAGUCUUCCAUCUGUGGUUUAUUUCCGAAAGCGAUUUCCUAACAUAUACAGAGGUGACAUGAAGUCAGGUGAUGAAGUGUUGGAAUGGCUUCGCAAGAAUCGUUUCCGCCAGCCAGAGCUAAACAUCUUCAUGUAUGCUGUGAUUGCCCUUGCGAUCACUUUUGUCAUGUACACAGCAUGGCUUCUUUCUUGUUUUCGGCCUCACAUCAAGCAAGCAGUCUGAAAAUAUAUGGUUGUCAAAAACCAGUUCUCAACAAGUUGAGGAUAUUAUUUACAUUAUGAAGCCUUCAAGUGUUCACCAGUUUUGUAACUAAACUCACUGGUUAGUCUUACUCUGAAAAACAGACGUGAAUUCUGCUCUGCGUCUUGGCAGCUUGGGUUUAAACAACAGAUGGAAAGUAGUUGAAGCAGAAGCAGAUAUGAAGAACAAAACUGUGUUAUUUCUGAACGUAAUUUAACAGAGCAGGCUUAAAGCUGUAUAUUUGCUGCUUUGCUAGUUGGCAACUUUCAGUUUCCAACAGACGAUACACCAUUAUAUGCCAUUUUUCCACAGUGUCUUGACAAUUUUAAUUCUGAAUAUUUUACAACAUAUUUUGCUCAGUGCACAAGAACAAGAACAUGAAACUCUACAAUUUCCAAACUAAAGGUUAUUUUACACAAAUUUUGAACAAAUAAUUGAUCAAAUUUGAACAAGGGUAAUAAAUGUCCUGAUAUAAAGCACCAUCACUGUUUCCAUAUACAGAAUGAUCCAAAAUGUACCUGCCAACUUUAAACUGGAUUUUCUUCUUAAUGAGCAACUUUGAUCUUAAGAAAAUUUGCUGAUGUACUGUAGUAUAUAAACCAUUUGUUUAUCAUUUGUUUUUGUUAAGGUGCCAGGGAAACCCAAAGACUUUGGAGGGGCUAAAAUCAUCUACUGAGUGUGAAAUCUUCACUAUUUCAAGUGACGUACUCCAAGGUGCGGUGUCUUACUUUGUGACAAGAUUGUAAAAGAUCGUUGAAGUUGAGGGAAAACACAUUGAACACAUCAUAAUAUAAAUAGCUUAAGAUGCUGAUUUGAAUGGUAUUUGAAUGAGAUUUUUAUGCCCGAUUGUUCAGGUGGAAUAAAGCAGUAAAUAUGGUAGGUACAUUUUGGGCUACUCUGUAUUUGUCUUUACUGUAACGUAUUGUAAAUCAACAUAAUAAUUUCAUCAUCACCAUAACUUAUUGCGGCUGUCUGUGUCAUUAUACAUUUCAUUAUUCUUGACAGUCCAAGUAAUAUGUGAACAUUAUUUUAUUUGUUGAUGCAGUAACUUCAGAAAAUAUGCAAUUAGGAUAGAAGACCUGUUCAUAAUUCAGGCUUUUUCUGAAAAAAAGCUAAUAAUUCAAUAAAAGUAAGAAUGGAGUGAAGUUACGUACUCACACAAGUAAUAAGUAAAUUAAAUUUGCCAUGUAUUAUUAUUAACAGUGGUGCAGGUUAUAUCACGACAUUGUUGAUUGCUUUCAACAUGUCACAAUGAAGUGUGAAAUUCCAUUAAUUAUAAAUAGUGUUUAAGUUAAGCAAAUAAAAUAAAUAUUUGUUUUUAUAUGAACUUGGACCUGAGAAUUGCUUCAUUAAGUACAUGUUUGAUCUUCUUUGGUGAAUGUACUGUUUAAUGUAAGAAAACUGAAUCCUGCACAGGAAGUAAAAUGGUAUACCUGUAAUCAUAAGUCUGUAUUUUUACAAAAGACAUCAUGCUGUUUUUUUUUUAAAAUUAAACUUUUCUUACUGAGGCCAAAUUAUAUUAAUGUGAUUUUUAAUACACUAGCUUUAAUUUUGACAGGAAAAAUAAAUAAUAUUAAAUCCAAAUCUAUCUAAUUUUAUUACAUUUCUCAAAAAUCAUUUGGCUUAGUAACAAGUGGUUCAAUGUUAAUUUAUAUUUAAAUUUAGAUUUCGCGCACUUAUUUGUAUGUACUACACUUUAUUUAUUUUUUAGUUUUAUUGACGUAUCAUUUAUUUUCAAAUAGAAAAGUAGAAGAUUUGGGAAAUGAAAAUUAAAAGAGAUGUUUUAUGUGUGUUUGAAUAUCUCACUGUGUCAUACCCUGUAAGAAUCAAAAUGGGACCUUAAUGUGCAAUCCCUUGAAAGUGUUCACUGUUAUGAUAUUACAAUUGUUUUAGAUAACAUAGUGCAGUUCCAUCUUCAUCAUAAAUGUUAAUUUUAAAAAAAACCCAGACUUCUAACAUAGUGGAUUCCUAUAAGUUGCCAAAACAUGUGUAUUGGAUGCUGUACUGAAAAAAACAAGCACAUUAUUUGUAAAUACAAUUGUAUAUACAUUGUGUUAGAGUUUAAAAAAUUAGUAAACUUAUUAAAUAAAAAACACUUUUUAUUAUAA